AUGCGCACAGGUUCCGAGACUGCAAAGCAGCACCAAGCCCUGGACGACUGCCAACCGCCCUCCGAGACGGACUGUGGCCGCCUCCCUCGAGCUGCGUGGCGUCGUUUCUGUCCCCAGAGGAAGGCUUCAUUCUGGGGAUUUAGAUCCGACUCCGGACUGGGAAGUUGGUCUGGAUGGACAGAGGAAACUGCCCGCCCACCCCGCUCUCCCGAAGGCACUAGACAAGUGGCUCUUGAUGGUUUUGUUGUUGGAUGGCCCUUGUCGCCGGGAGAACGCGCUGACCUUAGGGGGAAACUCGGCAGGUAUCCUCCUUGGCCAGGAAAGAUCGUCAAUCCACCCAAAGACUUGAAGAAACCACGUGGCAAGAAAUGCUUCUUUGUCAAGUUUUUUGGGACCGAAGAUCAUGCCUGGAUCAAAGUGGAGCAGCUCAAGCCCUACCACGCACACAAGGAGGAGAUGGUCAAGAUCAACAAGGGCAAGCGGUUCCAGCAGGCCGUGGACGCUGUGGAGGAGUUUCUUCGAAGGGCCAAGGGGAAAGACCAGACGUCCUCCCACGCCUCUGCUGACGACAAGAGCCGGCGGAAUUCCAGCAGCGAGGAGAAGAGCCGGGCGGGCGCUGGGGACGAGAAGCGAAAGCUGGCGGAGGGGAAGGUGAAGAAGGGCGCAGGGGACAGCAAGAAGAGGGUGUCCUCGGGCUCCUCCGAGAGAGGCUCCAGGUCCCCCCUGAAGAGAGCCCACGAGCAGAGUCCCCGCAAGCGGGGGCGCCCCCCAAAGGAUGAGAAGGAUCUCACCGUGCCCGAGUCUAGUACCGUGAAAGGCAUGAUGGCUGGACCGAUGGCUGCAUUUAAGUGGCAGCCGACUGCCAGUGAGCCUGUGAGAGAUGCAGACCCUCAUUUCCAUCACUUCCUGCUCAGCCAGACCGAGAAGCCAACUGUCUGUUACCAGGCCAUCACAAAGAAGUUGAAGAUAUGUGAAGAGGAGACCGGCUCCACCUCCAUCCAGGCGGCUGACAGCACCGCAGUCAACGGCAGUGUCACGCCAACUGACAAAAAGAUAGGAUUUUUGGGCCUUGGCCUCAUGGGAAGUGGCAUCGUCUCCAACUUGCUAAAAAUGGGCCACACGGUGACAGUCUGGAACCGGACUGCAGAGAAGUGUGAUUUGUUCAUCCAGGAGGGGGCCCGCCUAGGAAGGACCCCCGCUGAAGUCGUGUCGACCUGUGACAUCACCUUCGCCUGCGUGUCGGACCCAAAGGCAGCCAAGGAUCUGGUGCUGGGCCCCAGUGGAGUGCUGCAAGGGAUUCGCCCCGGGAAAUGCUACGUGGACAUGUCGACAGUGGAUGCAGACACAGUCACCGAGCUGGCUCAGGUGAUUGUGUCCAGAGGGGGACGCUUUCUAGAAGCCCCCGUCUCAGGGAACCAGCAGCUCUCUAACGACGGCAUGCUGGUGAUCUUAGCAGCCGGGGACAGGGGCUUAUAUGAGGACUGCAGCAGCUGCUUCCAGGCCAUGGGGAAGACCUCCUUCUUCCUAGGGGAGGUCGGCAACGCUGCCAAGAUGAUGCUGAUUGUGAACAUGGUCCAGGGAAGCUUCAUGGCCACAAUCGCUGAGGGCCUGACUCUGGCCCAGGUGACAGGCCAGUCCCAGCAGACACUCCUGGACAUCCUCAAUCAGGGACAGUUGGCCAGCAUCUUCCUGGACCAGAAGUGCCAAAACAUCCUCCAAGGGAACUUCAAGCCGGACUUCUACCUGAAGUACAUCCAGAAGGACCUGCGCUUGGCUAUCGCGCUGGGCGAUGCUGUCAACCACCCAACUCCCAUGGCCGCCGCAGCCAAUGAGGUGUACAAGCGGGCCAAGGCCCUGGACCAGUCGGACAACGACAUGUCUGCCGUCUACCGAGCCUACAUACACUAAGCUGCCAGCGCCCCGGACCGCCCCCCUGCCCCAACCUAUCUCCAUUCCCUUUUCUACAGACUCUGAGACUGGCCACCCUGCAGCUCACAGACCUGCUCCCCUGGAGGCCCAGGAAAGCAGGCUGAUAGCCACCGUGGUUUAUGGGAAAGCUCUGGAGCUGGGUGCUGAACACUGGACUCAAUGGUCUCUCUCAUACACACGUGGGCACGUGCGCACAUACACACAUGUGCACGCACAGAGCCUCUGGGCCCAGGAUAGAAACUGUACUCUGCCCCUUCCAGCCGGGGACCAAGAGUCCUAAGUGAGAGCUGGCAGGUGCCUCUCAGUUCUCCAGGAGGAGGAGGCUGGAGUCCUCAUCCAUCCCCCACACCUACUCCAAGACCCUUGCUGGGAGAGGCAGUGGUCCCAGACAGGCCAGUGAGCAUCCAGAGUACAGGUCCCAUGGGACCAUCCACCCCAGCGGUCCAGCUGGUGAGGACGCUGCUGUGGAAGCCCUGGGUGUGCACCUCUUCUGGGUCAAAGCCUUUGUGAGUGCAUGACUAGAGGCCAGCGGAGCCUGGUGAGUGCCACCCUCCCCAAGGCCCUGGCCUGGCCCUAGCUGGAGUCCACGCUCACCAGUGUGGUCCUUGCCAAGCUGAAUGUAUGCACUGCAGUCCAGCCUUUGGGAGCAGAGGCCUGAGGGUCACUGAGGGGGAGGAGUAUACAAACUGCCACUGCAGCUGGAGAACCCUCUGACCUGGCCCUUCUCUGCACACUUCCCGCAUGCUGCCACCCCUCCUCCAGGGACAGGCUUUCUGUCCCAGCUUUGGCCCAGACCCAGCCUGACCAGCCAUUCCUUGGGACAAGACCCAGUAUCUUCCUCCAGCCAACAUCUCGGGCUCUGGGGUCCUCUGGAGCUCAAGGAAGAACCGAGCCUCCUGGAAGGCCAGCUCAGCCCCCUGGAGGUCCCCUUGGACGGGACCAGAGCAGGCCUGGAGAGUCUCAGAACAAGAAGUCUUUGUUUAAGGGUGCCCGGUCCUCUGCUUUGCCUGGUGGGCUUCCCCAAAGUCACCGUUGGCAGGAGAUCAGCAUUUAUAGGGAGAUAUGUAACUAUAUAUAUAUGUAUAUGUGGGGCCCUGCCCCUACAACCCUGGCCCAUAUUUCACUGGUGGGAUGACCUGAGGCCAUGGGGGUAGGGGUGGUGCAUCUGGGGGUUAGGGCAUCCUUUGUAAUUUCACUGGGUUUGAACCCUUUUCCAACCGGAGGCAACCUGUUUUAGGCCUGGCCCGACACACUGGGGUGGGGGAUGGGGGGCAGAGGGAAAUGCUGUAAUAAAACUGGUUGGUCAAUGUUGUCUUAAUGUUGGAAAUUCUGUAAAGUUCCUUUUUAUGACUAUUUCUGUUUAAGCUAUUUCACCUUUGUUUUGAAACCCUUCCCUUUUUAAGGAGAAAAUGUGACAUGUCGAAAAGCUUGUAAGAAAAGCCCCUCUCCCACUCCCACGCUUUUUCCUUUCACCCUCCCUUAAAUGACAAAUCUUGGUAAUUGAGGUUGUGAAUUUUUAUUUUUGCUCUGUUUUUAAUGAACACUUGUCUUUCAGAAUAGGAUUGUGUGAUGUUUAAAUUGAAGAAAAACGAUUUUGUGCAAUUAACAAAAGCUACUGCAAGAAAAUAAAACAUUUCUUGGUAA